UGUUGGGAGUUGGGCGUGGUGCGGAUACUGCAGAUAUUCAACGAGCGUAUCGUGCUCUAGCCAAGAAAUAUCAUCCAGAUAGGCAGAAAACUGUUGAGGAAAAGGCAACGGCCGUGGAGACGUUUCGUCUGGUAGCUACAGCCUAUGAAAUUUUGCGUGAUCCAGAACAAAGGCAGGAAUAUGAAUACAUGCUCGAUCAUCCCACCGAAUUGUACUAUCAUUACUAUCGCUACUAUAAGCGAAGGUACUCCCGCAAAAUCGAUGUUCGGCUGGUUUUUCUCUCUGCUAUAUUGAUUUUGUCUGUUAUUCAAUACAUUAGUCAGAAAACGAAGCACAAUCAAGCUCUCACGUAUCUUGUCCGCGACCCAAAGUAUCGCACCAAGGCAAAGGAACUGGCCAUCGCUGAAAAACGUUUUCAGAUUGAUAGGCAAAAGGUGGGACGUCGGCUCACCAGGGAGGAGAUGAAGGUUCACGAAGAAGCGGUGAUUCGAUCUAUCAUGGCUGAGAAAUUUGAGCUUCGGGGUGAUUGUGGACCGCCAAGUAUUCGCAAUACGCUCGUUGUUCAACUGAUCAUUUUGCCUUACUACAUUGUUCGCCUAUGUUGGUGGGCUUUACGGUGGAUUGUUCUCUUUACCAUUCUUCGACGCCCCUACGGGUUUGAGGAGAAGGAAUACCUGACACGAUGGCGACUGGGCUACAAUCAGGCACGGUGGGAUAGUCUGGAUGAAGGGAGUAGAGCUUACUACAAUCGGUUGGGACUAUGGAGACGUGAAAAUUUUAAGGCCUACAGAGAACUAAUGGAGGAAGAAAUGCGGAUUCGAGCCGCGGAAGAUACAAAUAAGAAGCGCUAUCGGCGAUAUGUGAAACGUUAUGGUCCACCAGUAGCUGCAACGCUUGACGAUUCUUAA